AUGUUGGCUCACGGUAUGACCCACCAUUACAAUCGGGUUCAUGAUCCUAUGAUUGAAAAUAGUGGAUUAGCAGCAGCAAGGGUCCGUCUCUUUUUUAGGAUGAAUCCGCCUGAGUUCUUAGGAUCGCAGACUAAUGAAGAUCCUCAGAAUUUCUUGGACGAAAUCAAGAAAAUAUUUGAGGUGAUGCAGGUUACUGGGAAUUAUCGGGUUGAGUUGGCGUCAUACCAGCUGAAAGAUGUGGCUCAUAUGUGGUACACUCAGUGGAAUAAUAAGAGGGGUGCAAAUACAGCUCCUAUUACUAGGGAGUGCUUCAGUGAGAUAUUUCUUGACAAGUUUUUCCUAAUGGAUUUGAGAGAAGAAAAGGCCCAAGAAUUCAUGAACUUGAGGCAGGGAAACAUGACAGUCCAACAGUAUGGGCUGAAGUUUAACCAACUCUACAGAUUUGGUAAAGAUAGAGUGAAGAAAUGCUAUGUUGCUGGGAGAUAUGAACAUCUCAAGGCUUAUGACUCAUUCUCACCAGGUUAA